AUGAAUACUAUUUUUCAACGAACAUUAUUGAAUUCUAUUAAACAAGCUCAACAAAUAAAUAGUAGACGAUUUAAAUGGACUGGUCGAGAAUUAUUACGUGAUAUUGAUCCUGAAAUGUUUGGAUUGAUACAAAAAGAAAAACAACGACAAAUACGUGGUUUAGAAAUGAUUGCAUCAGAAAAUUUUACAUCACGUGCUGUUUUAGAAGCACUCGGAUCAUGUUUAACAAAUAAAUAUUCUGAAGGUUACCCUGGUGUAAGAUAUUAUGGUGGUAAUGAAUAUAUUGAUGAAAUUGAAAUUUUAACACAAAAACGAGCACUUCAAGCUUUUAAUUUGAAUCCAAGUGAAUGGGGUGUUAAUGUUCAAUCAUUAUCAGGUGCACCAGCUAAUUUUGCUGUUUAUACUGCACUUCUUGAACCUCAUGGACGUUUAAUGGGUUUAGAUUUACCUGAUGGUGGUCAUUUAAGUCAUGGUUAUGCAACUCCAACAAAAAAGAUCUCAUCAACAAGUGCUUUUUUUGAAACAAUGCCUUAUAAAGUUGAUCCUAAAACAGGUCUUAUUGAUUAUGAAACUCUUUCUAAAACAUCAAAAUUAUUUCGUCCAAAAAUAAUUGUUGCUGGUAUAUCAUGUUAUUCACGUAAUCUUGAAUAUGAUAAAUUUCGUUCUAUAUGCGAUGAUAUUGGCGCAAUACUUGUUGCUGAUAUGGCACAUGUUAGUGGUCUUGUUGCUGCUAAUGUUGUUAAUAAUCCAUUUGAAUAUGCUGAUGUUGUUACAACAACAACUCAUAAAAGUUUACGUGGACCACGUGCAGCAUUAAUUUUUUUUCGACGUGGAAUAAAAAAGAAACAAGCACCAAAAAAAGGAACAAAAGAUGAACAAGUUGAAAAUUUUGAUUAUGAAAAAAAAAUAAAUGAAGCAAUUUUUCCUGGUUUACAAGGUGGACCACAUAAUAAUACAAUUGCAGCUAUUGGAAUUGCAUUAAAAGAAGUUGCUUCAGAUGAAUUUAAAACAUAUGCCAAACAAGUUAUUAAUAAUGCUAGACAACUUGUUAAAACACUUCAAGAAAAAGGCUAUGUAUUUGUUUCAGGUGGUACUGAUACACAUUUAGCUUUACUUGAUUUACGUCCUCUUGGUCUUGAUGGUGCUAAAACUGAAAAAGCUCUUGAAGCUGUUUCAAUUACUGUCAAUAAAAAUACAUGUCCAGGAGAUAAAUCUGCUCUCAAACCUUCUGGUAUUCGAUUAGGUACACCUGCAUUAACUACACGUGGUUUUCGUGAAAAUGAUAUCAUUGAAGUUGCUAAUUAUAUUGAUCAAGCAAUAAAAUUAGCUACUGCAAUAAAUAAACCACAUGAUAAUCAAAAAUCGUCUCAAACAACAUUAAAAGAUUUUAAAGAGAAUAUGAAACGAAAUGAGCAUGUAAAAAGUAUUGAAGAUUUAAAACAUUCCAUUGAAGUAUUUGCUGAAAAAUAUUCAAUGCCCGGUUAUGAUAAAGUUUAG